AGCGGCUGCAGGAAGCUAGGAACACACGCGAAAAGGAGCAAAACAUAAAUAAAAAAGAUAGAAGAAGUCAAAACUGCAUGCCCCCCUCAGAAGGAAGCUGUUGCGGCAGGACCAAAGGGUCGCACUCUGCUGCAUGACAGUGAUUUGCAGCAAAAACAUCUGCUUAAAAUUCUGUUGGUUUCCAGUGCACAUCAAGAUCUCACUGAAGAGUUUUGCCUUGGCUGCACCAUGAUCUCUGCUGUCCUUCUCCUCUGGACUGUGCCCUGUGUGGCAAACCACAUCCUCAGCGGCUUUGUCAAGGGAGGGCUGCAGGAAGGCCCCCAGCAGCUGGCAUGCAGCGUGCCAGGCCCCCCCGGCCCCCCUGGUCCUCCCGGAGCCCCUGGCUCUCCAGGGACAGUCGGCAGAAUGGGCUUCCCUGGCAAAGACGGCAAAGACGGCAAGGAUGGGGACAAGGGAGAGCAUGGUGAUGAAGGCCCACAAGGCAGAACAGGAAACCCAGGCAAGCCAGGACAGAAGGGGAAAGCAGGAGCUGUUGGCAAGGCAGGUCCACGAGGUCCAAAGGGUUUAAAGGGUAAUCCUGGAAAAAAUGGAGCACCAGGAAAGAAAGGGCCCAAAGGGAACAAGGGUGAGACGGGGAUGCCAGGACCCUGCACCUGCAACGCCAGAGCAGCCAAAUCCGCCUUCUCUGUGGCUGUCUCAAAAAGUUACCCAAGGGAAAGGCUACCCAUCAAAUUUGACAGGAUCCUGAUGAAUGAGGGAGGACAUUACAAUGCUUCCAGUGGAAAAUUUAUAUGCAGCAUUCCAGGUAUUUAUUACUUCACUUACGAUAUCACUUUGGCCAACAAACAUCUGGCCAUUGGCUUAGUCCAUAACGGGCAGUACCGAAUCAAGACUUUUGAUGCAAACACUGGUAACCAUGAUGUCGCCUCGGGAUCAACUAUUCUUUCUCUGAAGAAGGAGGAUGAAGUAUGGCUGCAGAUAUUUUACUCAGAACAAAAUGGACUCUUUUAUGAUCCUUACUGGACAGACAGCUUAUUUACUGGCUUCCUGAUAUACCCCGAUCAAGAUUAUCUCAAUGAAAUAUAGGAUGAGAGACUAUCCUGUGGGGGAAAAGGAGGAAAUGUGUAUGAAAGCUUAUUGCACCAAAGUAUAGCCUGUACAUGGACAUGCAUGAGAUUGUCACAUGAUUCCACAUUCUUGGAGCUAACAGCCUGUAUGGGCUAUUUGGAUGUUUACUUGAUGUCAUCAAAUAUUCCACGGGUGCUAGGAUCAAUAGGAUGCAGUUUAAAGUAGCCUUAUGAGUCUCCAAAUCUCCAAGAUGCCUGUAAUGGUUUUCCGUGGCCAUUCAACAGUGCUAUGGACAUGCAACUUUAACAGUAGUGCAGAAUGUUUUGAUUAUUUUAUUAUUAUAAAGCAUGCAGACAAAAACUCAUUUUCUGAAAGCCUAUUUGGAAGGGGUAUUGACAUUGCAGACUAUAUCAGUUCCCCUCCCUCUCCAAUAAUAACAAUCCUUAUUAACACAAAGUUAAACUUCCCUAGCAGCUUAGAAGUCAGGAAAUUGUCAGCUAACAUUACAAAAGUAACCAUAAUUCUCAGCCCUAUCAAAGCAGUACUAAUAAGCAAAGGUGUCAGAUCUAAAGGAGAAAUGACACAAAGGAAUGAUCUCAUUUUUUAAAAAAGUUAAAGGUAAAAUCUGUAGGAUGUGAACUGUUCCAUUGAGUACUACUGGCAUUUCUCAGAUUUUAUCCUCAAUAUACAAUGACCAUUGCUUGAUUGCCCUGCAGUCUUGCAUUUGCUUUCAGAUAGGCACCGCUAAAGCUGUGAUCAGAGCAUGGCCUGGACUGUGGAAGCCAAAUACCUGCAGGACUCAGAUCCAGAUCAGACUGUGAACACUUCAUAAGACUCAUUUGAGAGCAUGAGCCUUUACUCCAGGAGAAUGUUUCUUAGUUCCCCUUUCCCUUCAUCUCUGCCAGUUUUUGCUGUAAGGAGAUACUUGUGGUGCUGUUGAGAUGCUCUUUAAGGACUUAAUACUACAAAUAGACCCUAUCUUGCUUAUGAUAGGCUCUUCCCCUGCCCCCAUAUCAUAUAUUACAAAUGCUCCAAAAAUCAGCACUAUUACAUGAAAAAAAAAAAACAGAAAAGUCAAAAGCUGAGGUACUGAGUACUUUUUUCCCCUCUAUAUCAGCUAAAACAGUGGGCACAGUGCAAAAUGGUUCAUUAUUACUGUAUCAAAGGAAAUUCUCCUGCUAUAAUGCUGCCAAAUCUGGCUGUGCUGCUCCAGGAUGCCCAAACACAUGCUAUGAUACAGAGGUCUCUGUCUCAGUAGCCGGAAGGGAGGAGCCCCUCUUCCUUGCUGUCAGAUGUGUCAUCUUGGUUUCCACAGUCAAUUCCACAACCAUUUCUUAUCUCCAUAUGAAAACUCACAUGAAGCUUCAGUUCCUCUAAGCCUCAUAUUUAGGCAUUGAAGGGAGAUUCCUUACGAACUAUCAAGGACAUUUUUUAAAUCUUACUUUUACAAGUCAAAAUAUUUGCAUGAUUUAUGUGAACUAUAGUAAUUGUGUUGUAACCUGCAAAAAUCAUUUCAAACACAUUUUAUAAAAUAAAG